AUGGGACUUUCAAAACGAUUAUCUCAAGGCCGUCUCUUUCUUCUCUUAACGUUCGUCCAAAUUCUAGUAGUUCCCGUCUACCCAAUCGGCGUGAACUAUGGUACGACCGCCGACAACCUUGCUUCGCCUAAGGAAGUUGCGGAGUUCCUUAAAGAGAGUACAACCAUUGAUCGUAUCAAGAUAUUUGAUAUGAACACUGACAUACUUAAAGCGUUUUAUGAUACUGGAAUCUAUGUAACAGUUACUCUUCCGAAUGGGGACAUCCCAUCCCUUACGGAUUCCAAUAAAGCUGGGAAAUGGGUCCAAGACAAAAUCAAGCCCUACUACCCAGACACCAAAAUUCGGUACAUUUGUGUUGGUAAUGAGAUCCUCCAUUGGGGGACUCCUGAGCAAAAAGACAAUCUUGUCCUUGCCAUGAAAACGCUUCAUGAAGCGUUGGUCAAGGCAGGGAUCCUUGACAUAAAGGUCACGACCCCACAUUCACUUGGGAUCAUGUUGUCAUCGGACCCACCCAGUUCUGGUGCAUUCAGACCUGGAUGGGACGUUGGCAUCAUAAAACCAAUGCUUGAAUUCUUAAACGAAACCAAAUCUGGGUUCAUGGUUAACCCGUAUCCCUAUUUCGGGUACUCACCAGGUAACGAUAGUUUCGCUUUGUUCCGACAAAACCCUGGGUUUAAAGACCCAGAAACCGGGAAAACCUACGACAACAUGUUUGAUAGUUUAAUGGAUGCUGUUUACUCGGCAAUGAAAAGAUUAGGUUACCCUGACGUACCAAUCGUUGUUGGGGAGACGGGGUGGCCGUCUCUUGGUGAACCAUGGCUUACAUGGGUUAACGUUGAAAAUGCAAAAUCGUACAAUGGUGGGAUGGUCAAAAAGGCUUCAUCCGGGGUUGGUACACCCUUAAUGCCCGGAAAGAAUUUCGAGAUCUACAUUUUUGCAUUGUUUAAUGAAAACCAAAAACCCGGUUCAGUUGCCGAGAGGAAUUUUGGUUUACUAAAGCCCGAUUUCACAGAAGUUUACGACAUAGGAAUCGUGAAUGGAACUACACCAAAGCAAAGAUCACAAGGUCCUGCAGCUUCUCCAUCAUCAAAGUCAUCGGGUGGUGGAUCCCGAGGCUCUUCCAAUGAUUCGGACAAUGAGUCGCAGUCAAGUGACAAAACUCCUUACGGUCACAGCGAUUCUAAUGGUCUAGUCGCCCAGGUUUCUGUUGCUGGAGCUACAACGCUUGUUGUACUGGCUGCAUUAUUAAUGUUGUAGUAUUGCUAUCAUUUCAGGGAUUAUUUUGAAGUUAUUGUAGUGUAGAUUUUGACAUAUAUUGUUUGAGACUUUGAGGAAAUAAAACUUCAAGUUUUGAGUUUGUAAUUUUUGAUGUUUUAGUUUAAUCAUGCUUGUGGCAAACUUAAAACA